AUGUCAUCGAAGGGUGAAUGUCCGGUGGAUGACUCUGCUAAAGAGGAAUGGAUGAAAAAAAUGGCUCACGAAAAGUCUUCCAGCUCAUCCAGCGAGCUUCAAAAGUGUCCCCAACAUACAUCAAAGAGUCCCAACGCCUCAAGCACGUCUGCUGCUGCAUCCACAGACGCUUGUCCGGUAAGUCCCGAAGCUCGUCAUGUUUGGCUCCAGAAAUCAGGCUCAAAUGCCAACAAAUCCGAAGCAGUUGAAUGCUCAUCUAAUGAGAUUCCAGCAGUCCCCAAAUAUACAACCGACGUUGAGCUCCCAGUCGAACGUGAAGUAUCCAGCAUCCCAAGAACGGGUACCGAUCAAAACUGGGUUUACCCAUCUCAAAAGCAGUUUUUUGAAGCCAUGUUGCGUAAGAACUGGGACCCCAACGCAGAGGAUAUGAAAAGCGUCAUACCAAUCCACAACUCCGUCAAUGAGCGUGUAUGGAACUACAUCAACCUGUGGGAGAAAAAUCAAGGCAGCGAAACUUGUGGUGGCCUGCAACUCACCAGCUUCAAAGGCGACGCUAAAAAACUGACACCAAGAGCAUGGUUUCGAAGCACCAUCAUGGGUCAGACCAAGCCGUUUGAUCGCCAUGACUGGACCGUUAACCGGUGCGGCAAACAGGUUGACUACGUGAUCGAUUUUUAUGGCGGUGAAACUCCAAAUAACGGACCCUCGAUUUUUUUGGACGUCAGACCAAAGCUCAAUAGCUAUGAGGGUUUCAGAUUGCGGGGCAGAAAGUUUCUUGGUCUUGAUUGA